GGUCGGGAUGGUCAGGCGGGGACAGGGAUUGCCCAGGAGCGUGGCAGCUCCGCGCCAACUCGGAGUUUCCAAACCGGGGGGGGCGGCCGCCGCCGCCUGCGAGGCCGGGACCGCGGGCGGGUGCCGUGUGCAGAGCGGGUGUCUCGCAGAACAAAGCCCUGCAGCGCUUCCUCCCCGCCGGCGCCUCCUUUGCCUCUUUCGGCGACUCCUACCGGCUUAGUUCUUGAGCGCUGAGGUUCUGGGAACUGCUGAGCAAGCAGCGCUGAGCAGGAUGGGCCUGGGCCCCAAGGCAAUGUCACAGGCCUUGGAUCUUGUUCCUUGUCACACGCACCCCCUGACCUGAUCAUGCAAACUGCGAGGCUGGAAGAGCGCUUUGCAAGUCCAGGCUCCUGCACACGCGCUGCAGCCUCCUAUACGCUGGGCUCAGGCCAGCGCCAAACCAGAAACGUUUGCAAUGUCUUUGGGCAAACGGAGGGCCGUGAACUCUUGUCUGGCCGGGUGUUCACUUGGUUGGCUAGCGGGAGACACAGAGUAGCACCAAGAGUGACUGACAGAUUGUUUUCUCUGAUGUUUUAAGUACCACCAGCCUGUGAACCUGGACCUACAGUCUGCAAAGCGACCAGGGAAACUCAACGCAAUCCAGGGAAACUCUGUAAGAUGGGAUGAAGAAUUAAGGAAGAACGUUGCUCACAGGGAGUGUCCAGAGGCGCACGCUGCCUGGAAACGGCCACAGGGGCGCUGGCGGUGGCCUGGAAGCAGCUCUCCGGGGAGAGAAGCUGGGGAACUCCCAGGAACCACGCUUGGGCCACGCCCCACUGAGGGACCAAUAGGGGCGGGCGUUAGGCGAGACACUCAGCCAAGCUGAUGAUAGGCGCUGGUGACGAGCAGCGUUGCUCGCCAGUUUGUCUGGUGACGUCAUCCCACAGCGCCGGAAGUGGCGCGUCAAAGGAGUACCGCGAACUCAUCCGUCACUGCUGUUUGAGAGUAAUGAUGCGGGUGUGCUGGUUGGUGAGACAGGACAACCGGCACCAGCGAAUCAAACUCCCACAUUUGGAAGCAGUGGUGGUUGGGCGUGGCCCAGAGACCAAGAUCACUGAUAAGAAAUGUUCUCGACAGCAAGUGCAGUUGAAAGCAGAGUGUAACAAAGGAUAUGUCAAGGUAGGGGUCAAUCCCAGCAGCAUUGACUCAGUCAUAAUUGGGAAGGACCAAGAGGUGAAGCUGCAGCCUGGCCAGGUUCUCCACAUUGUGAAUGAACUUUAUCCGUAUAUUGUAGAGUUUGAGGAAGAGGCAAAGAGCCCUGGCCUGGAAACACACAGGAAGAGAAAGAGGUCAGGCAACAGCGAUUCCUUAGAAAGGGAUGCUGCCCAGGAAGCUGAGCCCAGUACAGGACUGGUACCUGGGAGUGACCCUAGCCAACGCUUUGUGCCCCCAAACAAGGGGACAGAUGAGUCUACCAAAAAGGAAUCAUUGGGCCACUGGAGUCAAGGCUUGAAGAUUUCUAUGCAGGAUCCCAAAAUGCAGGUUUACAAAGAUGAGCAGGUGGUGGUGAUUAAGGAUAAAUACCCCAAGGCUCGUCACCACUGGCUGGUCUUACCAUGGGCCUCAAUUUCCAGUCUGAAGGCUGUGACCAGGGAACAUCUUGAGCUCCUCAAACAUAUGCAUGCUGUGGGGGAAAAGGUGAUUGUAGAUGCUGCUGGGCCCAGCAAACUCCGCUUCCGAUUGGGCUACCACGCCAUUCCCAGCAUGAGCCAUGUACACCUUCAUGUGAUCAGCCAGGAUUUUGAUUCUCCGUGCCUUAAAAACAAAAAACAUUGGAAUUCUUUUAAUACAGAAUACUUCCUAGAAUCUCAAGCUGUGAUCAAGAUGAUACAAGAGGCUGGCAGAGUGACUGUCCGAGAUGGUAUGCCAGAGCUCUUGAAGCUGCCCCUGCGUUGUCAUGAGUGCCAGCAGCUGCUGCCUUCCAUUCCUCAGCUGAAAGAGCAUCUCAGGAAGCACUGGCCCAAGUGAUUGUGUGGAACCUGAACUUCUGCAGCAAGUAUGGUGAUUGUUUAGAGCAGACUCCUGGCACCUGUUGUGGAUUGCCUGUGAACUUUUACUUAUUUCUUAAAUUAAAAAUACAGGUGUUUUUUUUUUAAAACAAAUUUUGUUCUAUUCUUGAGUGGCAAAAUGUGGGGGUGACUCAAAAUAGGUCAGGAAUUAGGAAUUUGUGUUUGUCAUGGAUGUGUUCUCUGGUUGGGCGAGGGUGGCCGGGAUAGGCCUGACCACUAUCUCCAGGACCCACAUCAGCUCUAAUGGGAGCAAAGCCAUGUUCAGACUUAUCUAAUGCAGGAUAUGGAAGUAGAGGGAAGAUAAUACCAGUAUGUUUCUGUUCCUGGUACUUAUCCUCCCUCCCGGAGGCACGAGGUGCCCUUUCUUCAGACCAGCUGGAGGGGUCUCUUGUAUAUCCUGAAGGCAUUGAUUGGUUUAGUUCUCUGAUCUUUUUUAAUUAAAAAUUUUUUUUCAAUUACA